AUGGCUUCACAUUGGCAUCCCGCCGCCAGGCCAAAUGCCGAUGGCGAGGAGAAUGCCCCGACACAGCAAGAAGAUCAUGAAAGUACGGAUUCCAUCCCCCGGGACAGGAACACGGACAUGGACAUGGACAUGAAAGCACCUUCGAGCCGGAGAGCGUCGUGGGCGCAAACGGCCAUGGAAUCCGAGGCGGCACAUGAAUGGCCGGAUGAUUGGUCGACGCGAGACUCGGACUUGAUCACCACGUCGGAGGAUGUUGCCCCUCUCGCCCAUGUGCUCGUAGCAGAAGAGGAGAGUCAUGAACCGGAAAUGGACACGGCACCUGAUAAGGAAGAGGAAGACUCGGCACCCGUGACGGGCGACCAACACGCCGACGGCUACGAUUAUCAAGGCGAGGUGUCGCAAAUGGACGAGGCCGUGGGUGAAGCCCCAAGUGCCCCGUUGCUGCYGGAUGAAGAAGCUCUGCCGACCGUCGAGCAGACGGACUCCACCCAGCAGGAAGAUGAUUCCAUGUUGGACGAUUUCGAUGCCCCUCUCUCCCCUGCCAAAUCUCACAGCACACCGGCACCUCUGGAUCGGAGCUUCACCACAAACUUCACCGAAAUGCCUCGCCAGGACACGGAACAGGACGACGACAGCCCACAAGCACAGCCGGAUGUCGCAACGAGUGAAGGCUGGCCUUCAAUAGGGGAUGACAAAACGUUUGGAGAGCUACUGGGGGAUCAUGUGCCCGCUGCAGCAACGCAGGAGGUUGCUAAAGAAGGGCUUGCAGAAGAAGUCGAGGCCUCGAGGGAUGUACAGUCUGCAGACGAUGGCUGGGGUGCUGCGGGAGAAGACGAUGCGUUCGGCCAGUUACAAGCCCAGCCACAAGCUACAGAUGAUGAUGUGGAAAUCUCGCGAGAAGUCCACCCGGAGGUCCAACAACAGCCACAGGACAUGAAUGAUGCAUGGGGAGCUGCAGUGGACGAUGAUGCAUUUGGCGAUUUACRGGCACAGCAAGGACCAGAGCCACAGCAGGCAGACGAUGCAUGGGGGAAUGCGGUGGAUGAAGACGCCUUUGGAGACUUAGUGGGCAAAGGAGAUUCCACUGCGAUCCUUCCAGAUGUGUCCUCGGUUGACGCACCAGGAGCCAGACCGGAGGAGGAUCUAGCUGCGAUAUGGCAAGCUGCCCUGGACGACGAUGAGCUACUGGACGAAUCAAAUGAGCUCGAUCCCUCUACAAUCUUUGGAGAUGACGACGAUGGCUUUCUCCUGGACGACGGUGAUGAAUUAUUGACCUCGACGCCAGCUCCUGCCCAGCCUCAAAGAACGACUACGAAUCCAUACGUGCCCACACAGUCUUCAACGCAAAAUUCACCCCAAGUAAAUCCUUACGCAGUGCCAAAUCAUCAACUCAUGGGCCAGACCAUCGGGAGAGGGGGCGGAACACCAUCCACCGGCCUGUUCGACGUGUAUGGUCAUAACCAACAAGCGCAGCCAGAUACUUCCCAAAGACCCGCUGCCGUGUCCGCACAAAGCUUCGCCUCCAAAUCCAAGGGUGGCUACGAAUCUCCAUAUGACCUCCCAAUGGACGUGGUUAAGCAGCCUCGUCAGCGUCCACGACAAGCUCAAGCACCGGUCCCUGGGGCUCAGGUCGCGCCAACACCUCCCCCACGCACUGCUAGUAUGAUCUCUCAACCUGCAGUAGACACAGCCCCUCCAACAUCGGGUGUUCCAUCCGCGAAUACUCCCGUCCCUGCAAAGACAACUCCCAGGUCGAACAGUGGUUUCUUCGAGGAUCUCCCAAUCGCACCCAAACCGCGUGCGCGUCCAUCGGGAGCAUACACGCCGCAGCCGGCUGGAUCAAUGCYACCACAACAGCUGCCGUCAAGAGGUCCCAUGGCGCCGCCCAUGCAGCCCCCUCAAAGACCGGACGCGCCUCCUCAAAGACCGGAUGCCCCGCCUCAGCAACCUGUCUACGGUGGCUUUCAACAACCAGAUCGCCUGCCCCUCUUACCGGACCAGCCGACGGCCGCACCGCAGAAUCAGAUGCAGCCGCCGGCAGUGCCAUCGCAGAAUCAUCGAUACUCGCCUAGCCUGCCAACACCGUCUACAAAUCAGAAUCGAUUCUCGCCUGCGCCGCCAUCGCAAGGACCUCCCGGUGGCGCUUCACGAUAUUCACCGGCGCCGGGGGCCGCGCAGAAGAGGUACUCUGUGGGACCAGCCACCACACAUGUCCCUCCUGGUGUGCAGCAAGGCCAUGCGUUUGCGCCGCGAACCAGUAGCCCGCUUGCAUUCCACACCGACAAGCCUCACCCUCCUCUCCCUCAUGAGCUUCACCGGAAUGCUCCAUCUUUGCCCUCUUCGCCCCCCGUGGCCAAUGGAGCUCGGACGUCAAUGAGCAUGUCGCCCGAUCGCGCUGCUGGCAUGACCUUUUCUCCUGUUGAACCACGCACGCCCGCGUCAUAUCUUGCUAGUCCACCGCCACGUCCACAAACUCAAUCACCUCCCACCGUCAUGAAGCAGGCAAGGUAUUCAAUGCCGGCCACAGAGCGAUCGACAUCAAUAAAAGCGACCCCCAAGAUACACCUAUCGCAUCGAAGACAGUUCAGCCGGGAUCUGCCUUUUGUAGAGCCCAACGAUGAACGAGCACACGAUCCCCUUCAAAGAUGGAAAGGCCAACCAAUCUUCAGAUGGGGAAAUUCCGGAUCCAUCAUCAGCAGUCUGCCAAAGCAGACCCCUUUCUAUGCCGCCGGUCAURGCAUCCCAAGCAUUAAGUGCACGGCGGGUGACAUUUCCAUCCAAGACGCCACGAGCUUCCUUCCGAUGGACGACCGAAAUGCCAAGUUCCCCGGGCCUCUCACCUCGAAAGCAAAGGGAAGAAAGAAGGACGUUCUAGCCUGGAUGUCGGGCAAACUCGAGGAUCUGGAACGAUCAGCCGAGGCUGUGCGAAUGGACUUCAAUAUGGAUCCUGAUCUCAAAAAGCGUGUCGAGGAGAAGCUAGUCCUCUGGAAACUUGUAAAGAUCUUUGUCGAUCACGACGGCACACUCGAGGGUAGCCCAAAAAUCGAGGAAGGAGUACGGGCCGUCUUACUCCCCAACUUGACCCAAAUGGCUCAGGUCAUGGAUUUGCAAAGCCCGAUUGGUCCAUCCGGCGUAGAGGCAGAUCCAGUUGAUAGGGCAGUGGUCGUGCAGAUUCKCCAGGCUUUGCUUGAAGGCCAGCGUGAACGCGCUGUUUGGUUGGCCGAGGAGAAGAAGUUGUGGGGUCAUGCCAUGCUGCUGGCUUCUACAAUGGGGCCUGAAGUGUGGAAGCAAAUCAUCCAGUCCUUUGUCCGCUCCCAAGUCAAAACCGUCGGGAGUGAUGCCCGGAGUCUUGCUGCGCUGUAUCAGGUCUUUGCGGGCAAUGCAGAGGAGUGUGUGGAUGAGCUCGUCCCGCCAUCUGCUCGCGCGGGCUUCCAGAUGGUAUCAAAAUCCGACGGUGUUGCUACGGGUAAUCCACUUGAAGGUCUGGACCAAUGGCGCGAGACGCUGGGUCUUGUGACUGGCAAUCGCACGCCCAAUGACACACAAUCGAUGCUUGCUCUUGGAAAGCUCUUGAGCGGGUACGGAAGAGCAGAGGCGGCACACAGCUGCUUCCUUUUUGCACGCCAUUUCGCCAAACACACCGGUGCGGAUGAUGUGGAAGCCAGCUUUGUUAUUCUCGGCGCGGACCAUACUGUUGGAAAUUUCGCCAAUGACAUUGAUUCCAUUCUUUUGACUGAGAUCUACGAAUGGGGAUCCUCUCUCUCGGCUCCGAGCGGAACGCAGGCGUACAUUCCGCACCUGCAGUCCUUUAAGCUCAUCCACGCUCAAGAACUCGCCGCGCAUGGCCUCACGGGCAAGGCACAAGCAUAUUGCGACCACAUCACCUCCGCCUACACCUCCACUACACGGCCGAGCCAAUACUAUCACCCGACCUUUACUCAGUCCGUGGCAGAUCUGAGCGCUUUCUUAUCACAAAGCCCGCAUGCUGCGCAAGGGUUGAUCAGCAAAAAGGCCAUGAACAAGGUCUCAUCAGGCGCUGCAAGCUGGUUCACUAAAUUCGUGAGCGGCGAUGAUGGCGCUGAUGCUGUUGGCGCGAAUGGUGCUGGUGUCGGAGGACAAGACAGCUCGCCAUUCGCACGCGUCAAUGGAGACUCACCUAUCAACCUCAGUCCCUCGGCAAGUGGCACCAACCUCUACAAUCCCAUGAUGGGCACUGGCAUGCCAGUCACCGGCCCAAUUCACGGUGUCUCGACACCUUCCAAUUUCCAGCAGCCCACCACUUUCAUCCCCARCACAUCGGCGCCGASUAAAUACGCGCCUUCGGCAGGUGGGAGCAUCUCUGGAGGAAGUAAGUACGCGCCUGGUGGUGGACCAGGAAGUCUCGGAGGGCCUGCCGAAAUCCACUCUCGGCCUGCAUCCACCAGAGGUUCGCGGAGUUACACACCCGCGCCUGUUUCAUCCUCUACUGGCACUCAGCCACUCGCUGUACCGGGUCGACCGGCUGGGAACAGGGCGGCCAGCGCGUAUAGUGCUGAAUCGAGGAGGGGUAGUGCGCAGUUUGGAAGUCCACUGGGCAGCUAUCAGCCGAGUCAAGGGAGCUAUCAACCUAGUCCUCAAGGCAGCUACCAGCCAAAUUCAGCACUCGCGGCGAACAAUUCUGGUCCUUCUCAGCUUCAGGGCGGUGAGAGUGCAGGCAUGUACGGGUAUCAGCCGCAGGUCACGUCGCCUGCUGAAGGUAGUCAGGCGCCGUACGGAUAUCAGCCGCAAGUCGCUACUCCACAGCAACCUGAGGAGGAGGAGGAUGAGGAUGAAGARGAAGAUGCUUUCGCGAGACCACCGCCGUCUCAGCCUCAUGGCUUUGAGGCGUCAGGGGAGGAUGACGCUGAAGGUGGUGGAUACGCUCCGCCAUCUGCUACUGGUGGAUAUGAACCACCUUCCACCACUAGUGGAUACGGAUCACCUUCAGCUGAUACUGGAAGUUAUGCUCCCCCGGCAGCAUAUACCGGCGGCUACGAACCACCCUCCACAGAAACCUCGGGMUAUGAACCACCCUCAACAUCAGGAGGUGGCUACGAACCUCCUUCCUACCAACCCUACAACCCCGACGCCGAAGACUCUCCCGAAGAACCCAAGCCCAAAAAAUCCAUCCUGGACGAUGACGAAGACGACGCCACCGAACUCGCCGCCCGCGCCGCCGCUCUCAAAAAAGCCGCGGCCGACAAAGCCGCCGACGACGCAUUCCGCAAGGCAGCCGAGGCCGACGCCGCCCGAGAUGACAAGAAGCACUCCAGCAGUCAAUCUCUUGGCGGGGGCGGAGGGGAAAAGAAAGGGUGGUUUGGAGGAUGGUUCAAGAAAGAUCCAAACGCCCAGGGACAGCAGGGCAACGGACCCAUUCGAGCGAAGUUGGGAGAGGAGAAUUCCUUUUAUUAUGAUGAGGAUCUGAAGAAGUGGGUGAAUAAAAAGGGAGGUGCGGAAGCUGCUACGGCUAGUAAGGCCACGCCUCCUCCUCCUAUGAGGGGGCCUAGUGGACCUCCGGGUAGUCGAGUUGGUAGUGGAGUUGCGGGAGGGCCCCCUUCGAGGAAUGUCAGUAGUGGAUUGGUAUCGGGACCGCCUUCAAGGAUGGGGACUCCUGCUGCUGAUGGCAGCGGCGGUGGGAUGCCGCCAAACCCGAUCUCGGCUUUGCCACCUGGAGGACUGAUGAAUGGCGGUGUUGGUGGGGCGACGAUCAGUAGACCCGGCACGGGAAUGAGUCAUGCGAGUAGUUUGGAUGAUUUGUUGGGGCCACCUGCUGGGGGGCAGAGGAAAGUUGGAGGGACGGUGAAGAAGAAGAAGGGGGGGAGGUAUGUGGAUGUUAUGGCCAAGUGA